CCAGAUGAACCACCCUUAAUCCCCCACCUCUACCUCCCCUUCCUGGGCCACGUCAUCGGCAUGUUCUGGCACGGAGCCUCCUACUUUGCACGCGUCAACGCUGCAACUCAGUACCCGAUCUACACUCUGCUCACGCUGACUGGCCGGACCAUCGUAGUGACUGAUCCCGCCCUGGCAGGCACGAUACAGAAAGCCAGCAAGAAUACCAGUUUCUACGGCAUGAUCCUGGAAGUCACGAAGCGGCUGGUCGAUCUAGAUGAACCGACGAUGGAAAUCAUUCGGUGGAACAUCAACGGGGAGCAUGGGCCCCACGAAGGACUGAUGCACGAGGCGGGGAGCAUGGUGGCUGGGGAACUGAGUCCAGGGCCGAGCCUGAACGAGAUGAGUACGGCGCAGCUGCAGCAGUUUGCGACGCUACUGGAUGUGUUUGUGUCGAGCCCGGCGGGCGUAGAGAUCUCCCUCAUGGAGUUCGUGAAGCGGAUCUUUACUGUUGCGAAUGCGUUCGCCAUCUACGGGCCGCAGAAUCCCUUCGCCUUGACGCCGUCCUUGGUGCACGACUUCUGGACGUGGGAAAGCGGAAUGACUGCUGUAAUGGCAAAUAUAUUCCCUUCUCUCACGGCGCGGAAACCUUACCUCGCACGCGAAGCCAUCAACGCCGCGCUUCAAGACUUCGUAGCCAAGGAACACUACCGCGCCGCUUCAGCAAUGAUUCAGAAGCGCGUUCAGAUCAAUCUCAAGCAUGGACUCUCACAUAAAAUGGCUGGCCACGCCGAACUCAUCCUGCUCUUUGGUAUCGUAGGCAACGCAGUCCCAACGACAUUCUGGGUACUGGCCAACAUAUUCUCUCGGCCGGAGCUCCUGGCCAGGAUCCGGGAAGAGACUAGCAAAGCAGUAAUUUGCCCGCGUAGCAAUCCAGGUAGCCCAAGGGAGAAAGUUAUCAGCGUAGCGCAGUUGAAGGCGACAUGUCCUUUGUUAGUUUCCACCUACCGCGAGACGAUCCGCUCAGUGGCCAAUCUAUCUUCUGUGCGUCUUGUGGUACACACACACACCGUGUCAGCGCCGGGACACCGUCCAUAUCUCUUGCGUAAAGGGGCCAUGGUGCAGAUUGCCUCUGGCGUCAUUCAUGCGCUGAGAGCAGUUUGGGGCCCUGAUGCUGGCGAAUUCAACCCCUCACGCUUCAUGUCGGCUACUACCUCUACCGAGCAGUUCUCAUCCGCAGCAUACCGGGGCUUCGGCGGCGGCAGUAUAAUUUGUCCUGGUCGACACUUUGCACAAAACGAGAUCCUUGGGUUUGUGGCCCUCUGCGUGCACACAUUGGAAGUUGUG